CAUGUCUCAGAAUUUGACUGCCCCAUCCCCAGAUUCAGUGCAUCUUAGCUAGCGGCGAAAGGAGUGAUGUCCAGUUCGUGGUCGGAGGGGAUUAUGGUGCCGUGAAGGUCUUUCCAGCCCACAGGCUCAUCGUGGGUGUCCGCAGCACAGUGUUCCAUACAAUGAUGAAUAAGCUGUUCCAUGGAAAGACGCCAGGGAGCUGUACGGUUCGCAUCGACAUUCCGGACUUUUAUCCAGAGGCCUUCGCUAAUCUGCUCAGCUACAUGUAUAUCGACGCUGUCAAGAAUCUGUCAAGUCUUCCCGACUCUGCUGUGCGCUGACAAAUAUGGCCUGCCGUUAUUGAUUGCCAUCUGCACCAACGUUAUCCUUGAUGUGAUCAGUAUCAACAAUUGCCUGCAUAUGCUGGAUGUUGCCAUGCAGUACGCCAGUGUUGCGCCAAGCAUCAUGGAGAAGUGUUUAUGCCUGGUUGACAAAUCGUCAAAAACUGUUUGGGAAUCAGAGCAGUUCUCCGCGAUUGGUGAAGAAGCGCUACGCAUCAUUCUGCAACGGGAUAGGCUGACCGCCGACGAAGACACGAUUUGUUCGUCGGUUGAUACCGACGAACCGAUACCGAAACUACCUUCUGGUAGAUGGGCUGCCAGCAUGUGCACGCGGCGGAACAUGGACAUUUCCUCUGCCAAUCUUCGUCAAGUAUUGGGCAAGAUGUUGUUUCUAAUUCGAUUCCCGCUCAUGACAGUUGCGCAACUCAUGGAUGGGCCCAUUAAGAGCGGUUUAUUGCUGCAAUCCGAAGGAUGGGAUAUCUACCGAUACAAGCACGCCACCAUCAAGCUGCAGCUGCCGUUCCCGACGGAGCCCCGCCAUCAGGCCCGCGCAGAGGGUGUCGUUAACUACACGGUUGCGGAUGCCAGAGAGCUGUCGCUGAAGUAUAUGUGCAGUGACUGGACGACCAUCGGAAAGCUUUCCUGGGGCAUUUUCGUCAGUAAGGAAACCGAUGAAGAGCUUCCCGUAUUAGGCUUCUACAUGCAGUGUUCUGGCUAUCCGAAAUCGGUUUGGACGUGUCAGUUUAAUGCGGAGCUGCGCCUGCUGCCGUGGAAAGCGGAAACUGCACCAAUUUAA